AUGAUUCCAUUGCGACCGCUGGCGCGAUUGCGCAUCCUAAUACUUGCUACAAUUGUCGCCUUCUUCUUCAUCUGGUCGCUUUCGCGCUAUUCAGCAUCAUAUCCGCGCCUACCAGGAUAUCGCCCUCAUGGCCGUGUAGCGCAGGAGCCCAGUUUAGAUGGGCAUAUGCAUUUCUGGACCCAAAUGCAGCCGCUCCUCCUUGCAACGACUCCAAGAUGCAAUCCGCCAUUGCGACUAGGGAACGCCCCUACAAUCAGGGUUGAGGAAUCGGACCCAAACAACCGACCGGAGAUGCUGGACAUGCUACCGGAAGAAGUCGAAGAAAUGCGCAAUGCGCAUUUCAAAUUUGUUGAUGCCAUCAAGACAGCUGCACCGCGUCUACACUAUAUACCCAACACUAGAGGUAUCGUUUCUACCGCUGGCGGUUCAUAUCUCCCAGUGCUUGUCAUUUCGCUGCGGAUGCUCCGACGCACAGGCUCCGAGCUCCCUGUCGAGGUCUUUCUCGCCAACGAAGAAGAAUACGAACCCUACGUUUGCGACGUGGUGCUUCCCUCACUGAACGCCCGAUGUGUCAUAUUAUCCCGCAUCCUAAGUGCUGCUCCAAAUGUCGUAGAGAUUGAAAAGUACCAGUUCAAACUCUUCGCCAUGCUCUUCUCCUCAUUCGAAGAAGUCCUCUUUCUCGACGCCGACUCCUUCCCGAUCCUCCAACCAGACCCCCUAUUCACAAGCGAACCAUUCAAAUCAAGAAACAUGGUAACUUGGCCCGACUUUUGGGCCUCCACUGUGUCCUCCUACUACUAUGAAAUCGCCGCUCAGCCAGCUCCCCAUUUAGGAAUCUGGCCCCGUCAGUCCACCGAGUCUGGGGAAGUCCUCAUCUCCAAGAAAACCCACGCCAAAACCCUCCUCUUGAGCAUGUACUACAACCUGUGGGGGCCCAACUACUACUAUCCGCUCCUCUCCCAAGGCGCCGCCGGCGAAGGCGACAAGGAAACCUUCGUCGCAGCCGCCAUAGCCGUCGACGAGCCCUACUACCAGGUAAUAGAGGGCAUCGUCGCAAUGGGCCACGCCACAGCCAACGGUCUCGCAGGCUCCGCAAUGGUUCAAUUCGACCCAACAGAAGACUACGGCCUUCAUAAAUCCCCUACAUCCUCCACAUCGUCAACAACCGAAAGACCCCGCCCCUUCUUCAUCCACGCCAACUACCCCAAAUUCGACCCAGCAACAGUCUUUGAGCCACACGACGUCAACCCGGCCUUUGCAGAUGACGGAAGCUACACGCGCGCAUGGACGAUCCCGCAAGACGUAAUCGAGAACUUUGGCUCGGAUAUCGAGAAGCAUUACUGGAGGGAGAUUCUCUGGACCGCUUGUGAGCUUGAGGAUAAGUUUCAGUCUUGGAGCGGGAAGAAGGGGAUCUGUAAAGCGGUUCGGGGGUACUGGAAUGCCGUUUUUGCCGAUGGGAAGGGGUGA